GAAAAAGCAAUCUCUCUCUGAGUGUACCACCCUCUGUGCACAGCACAGUUCUGAAAGGUGAGCUCGCUUUUCCCCAAGUGGUGGUAACUGGGCUCUGGGUCAGAUCAUGACGAGCAAAGAACAUCCUUCCUGUUAGAACCCUGAUGUUGUACUUGCACCUGAUCUUUAGAACAGGUUCAGGAGACACUCCACGUCCUACCUCAGGAUGUGAACCUUUACCGUUUGCUGUGCCAAGCCACGCUGCCUGCCUAGAUAGUGGCUGCUUUUGGCUGCCAUGUUAAGUCUCUGAAUUUUAUUCCUCGGUGACCUGGAGAGGUUGGAAGAGAGGGAGGGAAGAAUUAUGGCCUGAAAUAAAUUUUCUGAGGAGCGUCCUUUAAAAACUUUAUCCCUAUCUAUUAUUUUAUUUUAAAUAUGCAGUGGCCUGAUGAAUGACUCAUGUUCUGAUUCCUCUAAAAAAGAAAAAACAUUCUGAUUCUCUAAGAUUUCCCUCUCUACCCUGACAUCCUCAUCUCCAGUUUCCCCUUUGUUUCCGAAUGAGAAACUCCAGUAAUCUGUUGGGCCUGUAAUUCUGUGAGCACUUACCAAUCCAAAGGCUAAACUCUCAGCAAUGAGAUGACCUUGAGUGAACUUCAGAGAGAUUAGCCAGGAGAAAGGAUUAAACACAUUUAUGUGAGUACAGUGCUGAGAGGAACAGAGAGAGAACAAAGUGGCACUGUUUCUGGAAUCCAAUGGCCUCCUGGUGUAAGAAGUGUGGGCAGCGAGACCCUGCAUACUUACCGUACACCUCCGUGCGGAUCACGGAGGCAGAGAUGAGGGCUUACCACCGUUUCCUAGGAAGUGUCGUCAGGCUAGAGUGUAUGGCAAAACAAGAUGAAAUUAUGCAGCAGGAAAUCAGGCCUUUGGUGGCAGUGGAUAUAAUUGAACAACUUCACAGACAGUUCGCCAUUCUUUCAGGAGGCCGAGGGAAAGACGGAGCCCCUAUCAUCACUUUUCCAGAGUUUGUGGGGUUCAAACACAUCCCAGAUGAGGACUUCCUGAAUGUCAUGACCUACCUGACUAGCAUCCCCAGUGUGGAGGCUGCCAGCAUCGGAUUCAUCAUUGUUAUCGACAGACGAAGGGACAAGUGGAGCUCCGUGAAAGCUUCUUUGACACGAAUAGCUGUAGCAUUCCCAGGAAACUUGCAGCUCAUAUUCAUCCUUCGUCCAUCUUGCUUUCUCCAGAGGACUUUCACUGACAUUGGCAUCAAAUACUAUCGAGAUGAAUUUAAAAUGAAAGUGCCGAUCAUUAUGUUGAACUCUGUGUCUGACCUUCAUGGCUACAUUGAGAGAAGCCAGCUGACAGAGGACUUAGGGGGAACCUUGGAAUAUCGCCACAGUCAGUGGAUGAAUCAUCGAACCGCCAUUGAAAACUUUGCCUUGACAUUGAAGACCACUGCCCAGAUGCUCCAGACCUUUGGGGACUGCCUGGCCACGACAGAGCUGCCCAGAGAUGUGCCAUCCACUGAAGUCCUUCUCAUGUCCCACACCAGGCAGCGGGACAGGCUGCAGGAUGAGCUGAAAUUACUUGGAAAGCAAGGGGUCAUGUUGCUAUUGUGCAUUCAAGAACCAGCAACCAAAAGCCCCACCAGCAAACUCAAUCCCAAUGAACUUGAGAAUGUAGCCACCAUCAAAAGGUUAUUAGUUCAGUUGGAUGAAACAGAAAAAGCCUUUAGUCACUUUUGGUCCGAGCAUCACCUGAAGCUUACCCAGUGCCUGCAACUACAGCGCUUUGAGCACAACUUUUGUGAGGUUAAACUUGCCCUGGACACCCUGCUGGCAGAGCAGGCAGAGUUUACAGACAUUGGAGACAGCGCGAUGCAUGUGGAGCAACUUCUUAAGGAACACAAAGAACUGGAAGGAAAAGGCCAGGAGCCUUUGGAAAAGGCCCAGCUGCUUGCACUAAUUGGGGACCAGCUCAUCCAAAGCCACCACUAUGCGGUGGACUCCAUCAGACCCAGGUGUGUGGAGCUCAGGCACCUCCGCGAUGACUUCAUCAAUGAAAACAAGAAAAAACACGACAUUUUAGGAAAGUCCUUGGAGUUGCAUAGACAGCUGGACAAGGUCAGCCAGUGGUGUGAAGCGGGAAUCUACCUCUUGGCUUCCCAAGCUGUAGACAAGUGCCAGUCACGAGAGGGGGUUGACAUUGCCUUGAAUGACAUUGAGGCGUUCCUGGGCACAGAGAAGGAGUACGAGCUGUCCAGCCUCAAGGAAUUUUACAACCAGUUUGAGUUGAUGCUCACCCUUGACGUCAAGGCCAAAGCCCAGAAAGUCCUGCAGAAGCUGGGCGAUGUGCAGGAAAUAUUUCACAAGAGGCAAAUGAGUCUGAUGAAACUGGCAGCCAGACAAACUCGCCCAGUGCAACCUGUGGCCCCUCAUCCUGAGUCCUCCCCAAAGUGGGUGUCACCAAAAACCAGUCAACUCUCCUCCUUGGCUCCUCUUCAGAAAACACCUGAGGCACCUUAUCUGGAGACAGAGUUGAACUCCCUGGAAAAGAAAGAUGAUGAGACUAAAUCUGAAGUCAAGGAUGAAGAAAUACUUGAAAGCAGUCAUGGUGGGGAGAACCCUGAGCCGGAGCAUCUCGGCGGUCCCGAAAAUCUUUCCCCUGGCAGGCGCAUUGUACAUGACUUGCUUGAGACUGAAGAGAUUUAUAUAAAAGAGAUUAAGAGCAUAAUUGAUGGAUAUAUCAUUCCAAUGGAUUUUAUUUGGCUGAAGCAUCUGAUUCCAGAUGUUCUUCAGAAUAACAAGGACUUUCUCUUUGGGAAUAUUAGAGAACUUUAUGAAUUUCACAACAGGACUUUUCUGAAAGAAUUGGAAAAGUGCAUUGAAAACCCUGAACUUCUGGCACGCUGCUUUCUCAAGAGAAAAGAAGAUCUUCAAAUAUAUUUCAAAUAUCAUAAGAAUCUGCCCCGAGCUAGGGCAAUCUGGCAAGAAUGUCAGGACUGCGCCUACUUUGGGGUCUGCCAGCGCCAAUUGGAUCACAAUCUCCCUCUUUUUAAGUAUCUUAGAGGACCGAGCCAGAGACUUAUGAAAUACCAGAUGCUGUUGAAGGGUCUGCUGGAUUUUGAGUCCCCUGAGGAUUUGGAAAUACACCCAGGUGACCUUGAUGGAGGUUUGGCUAAGAAUGAGCCAAAGAGGACCAAGGAUUCAGCAUUCUCAGCCGAACUACAACAAGCUUUGGCCAUGAUGGAGGAUUUGAUCAAGUCCUGUGAGUUGGCUGUGGACCUGGCAGCAGUCACUGGAUGUCCGGAUGAUAUUGGAAAACUGGGCAAGCUGUUGAGGCAUGGCUCCUUCAACGUCUGGACAGUUCACAAGGAUCGUUAUAAGAUGAAGGAUUUUAUUCGAUUUAAGCCCAGCCAGAGGCAAAUCUAUCUAUUUGAAAGGGGAAUAGUGUUCUGUAAGAUACGAAUGGAGCCCAGUGACCAGGGCCUGUCUCCUCAUUACAUCUUUAAGAAGUCUAUGCAGUUGCUGACAAUUUCAAUUCGCCAACUCGGAAGAGGGAGCAACAGAAAGUUUGAAAUUGCCAACCGAAAUGGACUUGAGAAAUAUAUCCUGCAGGCAGCUUCAAAAGAAAUCAGAGAUUGUUGGUUUUCAGAAAUAAGCAAAUUAUUGAUGGAACAACAAAACAAUAUUAAAGUUACAACUGGGCAUGGGAAUAUUGGAAGAUGUCCCAGUGGCUCACCUGAGCGCCAGACACCCUCCUCUCUGCCUCUAUCAGAUGUUUAUGAGGAUGAAGACAAUGGCAGACAGAUCUCCCCCAAAUGCUGCUCCGGCAGGGAGUUUCUCUCCGUGGAAACUUUUGACGAUUGCGAAGGUGCAGAAGAUAUGGAAAAGGAGAGCAGUGCUCUGAGUCUCUCGGGACUUUUCCAGUUGGACGACAGUUAUGAAGGCUGUUCCUCCAAAUCUGCUCUGGAAACGGGAGAAAGCAUCCAGGGAGAGAGAGACGACGAUGAAGAGGAAACCUGAGUGUGAAAGAGGAAAGGACAGUAAGCGAAUGUCAGCCAUGGCUUCUCUGACUUUCUUCUUGGAAUUUCGGGGCAACAAACAAAACUGAGGAGAGCUUGGGGUGUCCACUCGCUUGCUCGCCCCUGGGGGAGACGACUAGUUUCUGGGCAAAAGCAGUGCGGGCGAGGGAAGGAUGCCCGAGGCCCCCCUCCCCAGAGAACUGACACUUGUUCGCGACACCCGCGGCUCCCCGGCUCCGCCGCGCCGCCCCAGGCCGUCCUCAUUCCGGGGACAGGCUGCUGGGGCGCCGAGGCCGGGCCCACCCUUAAGCGGAAAGCAGCAGACGGGCCUCGGAGCCCGCGGACCUGCAGCCGGGGCAGGGGGCGCAGGGCAGCUUUCCGGAGCCUCAGGAGCCGCCCACGUCCCGCCCGCGGAGCCCACCCAUCCUGGAGCCGGCCGCGGAGACCCUCGGCUGCGUGCCCGCGCCUGCGCAGGCGGUGGAGCCCCCUCCUGGAGGGCUGAGGCCAGGGUUUGUCAACGUUGGAACUUUUGACCCGGCCGGAUCGUUCUUUGUUGUGGGGGCUGUCCUGUGCAUUGUAGGAUGUUUAGCAGCAUCCCUGACCUCUACACACUAGAUGCCAAUAACUCCGCCGCCCACUCGCCCAAAUUGUGACAAUCAAAAAUGCCUUCAGACGUUGCCUAAUUUCUCCUGGGGUGGGGUUUGAGGGGAAAUGGGUUGAGAACCUCUUAUCGAGCCUUGGUGGAGCCUGAGCGACUCAAACCCAACAUGGGCCGAAGACUGCCCCCACCCCUACCCGGCGCUCUUCCUCCCCCGGCCUCCCCC